GGAGGCACGCAAGGCGCGGACGAUAGAGAAAGUAUGCGGUAAAUCUGACAGCGAAUGACAGGGGGAAUGCUAUGACCAUUCUAAAACAACUUCGCGCUAUUUUGGAAUAAAAACGUUUAAUGAAUAAUUCUUAAUCAUCUGAUGCAUACAUCUCUGCUCCAGAAUAAUAUUAUAAGACUGAUUAUAUUGGCCAUGUAAUGAAGACGGGCAGCGAAUGACCUUGCAGCGAAAAGUCGAAUAAUGUUUAUACACGUGCUCAGACAUGCUGUAUGGUGUCGUCUUCGAUAGGUUAACUAUUCAAAAUAAAUAAAUAUUCGCCAGUUCAUUUAACAACAAACGGAUUAACAUAGAAAUGGAAAUACACUUUGUGGACAGUUGGACUGCGGAGAAUCAUUGGUCGUUCAGGGCAGUUCAAUGACAGUGAUGUAAAGCCGUGUCGGAGCAGGGAUAAGUCAAUGAGAAUGGAUUUCAUGGCGAUGCUUGUUUCCGGAAUAAUUACCAGUCUCUUGGGAUCUGCAACAUGCAGGCAUGAACCCGCAGAAAAAAAACUCCACGAGUACCUGCUGAGUGAAACGUAUAGUAAGCUGAUCAGACCGACCGGAAACAACUCGGUCCAACUCACAGUCAAACUGGGCAUGCGCCUGUCACAGCUACUGGACGUGGAUGAGAAGAACCAGAUUAUGACCACCAGUGUAUGGCUGAGACAGGAGUGGGUGGACUUGAGAUUGAGGUGGGAUCCGCGAUCUUACGGUGGUAUCUCCAUGACUCACAUCCCCUCCGACUCUCUAUGGCGACCUGACAUCGUCCUCUACAACAAUGCAGACGGAGACUUCGUUGUGACGUUACAUACAAAAGCUACUGUGUACCACACGGGUAAAAUUAUCUGGGAGCCCCCCGUCAUCUACAAGACGUACUGUCCCAUUGACGUGGAAUACUUUCCCUUUGACAUGCAGGAAUGUUUUAUGAAGUUCGGAUCGUGGACCUAUGAUGGACACGAAGUGGACCUUCAGCAUCUGUGCGACUCUCAAGCCGUCUUUUACGAGACAACAAAGCAGAAAGUGAUCGACCGAGGAAUCGACCUCAAAGACUUCUACCAGAAUGUGGAGUGGGACAUCAUAAACGUCACAGCCCGCCGGAAAGAAAAGUUUUAUCCAUGUUGUCCCGAACCGUAUCCAGACAUUACUUUCAACAUCACAAUCCGACGGCGGACACUGUUUUACUCUCUUAACCUCAUCAUGCCGUGCCUGUCAAUUUCCUGUCUUACAGUGCUGGUGUUCUACCUCCCGUCCGACAGCGGUGAGAAGAUCACCCUGUCAAUCUCCAUACUUCUAGCCCUCACCGUGUUCUUCCUGCUGCUCUCCGACAUCAAUCCUCCAACAUCAUUUGUUAUACCACUGAUCGGGAAAUACCUUCUGUUUACAAUGAUAGUUGUGACGAUGUCAAUCUUUCUUGCAGUCUACACGUUAGGAAUUCAUUUCAGAAAACCCUCCACACAUCGCAUGAAUCCAUGGGUUAAACGGGUAUUUACAGAAAUUCUUCCGCGGAUACUAUUAAUGAAAAGACCAGAUUUGACACGUAAGCCUAAAGUGAGCGUGCGUAAACCUAAUGGAAUAGAACUUAGGGACAUGGGGUCGAUUCACGACUCCACAGAGAGCUGGCUGAACGGCCCCGACAACUUACGUCGCAGAAACAAUUGUGGGGGAUCGGACAUAAUGAGAAGAUAUCCACCUGAGGUCAGGGAAGCCCUGUCUGGGGUUAAAUUCGUGGCUGACCACCUCAGAAGCAUGGAUGAGGAUAAUAUGGAGGAGAGAGAUUGGAAAUAUGUUGCUAUGGUGAUGGAUCGGCUGUUUUUAUACAUUUUCACUACAGCCUGUAUAUGUGGAACUCUCAGUAUUUUUCUAUAUGCCCCGUCACUUUAUGAUCCGAGAGAACCUCUCAAAACAGAUGAAGUCACAAACUGCACCUACUGAAAAAUUCUAGUUUGAUAGGCCAGUGGAUCUCACAACAAAAAUUUUCUUUCUGAUUUUCAAUCAUACUAAUUUUGAAAAUCAGCAAGAGAUGAUAUAAUAAUAAAUUAUAUUGGUUUCUAAUUUUGAUAUUUGUUGUAGUAUUUUUAAUGAAAAAACUGCAUUAUUUUGCAUGACUUUAAUUAUGUAUAUCAUACAUGGGCACAAUACAACAGGUUUCUAAUGUUGUUUUAUAUAUGAUGCACUUCCAAUCAUAAGAGCAGUAUAUUGUUUUGUCAGCUGCAACUAUUUUGAAGAUUCUGUGAAAUUGUGCAUGACGUAAGACGUGAUGUCAAAUGCCCGUAUAUCAAGACAAAUGAGCUGAAGGAUUGGCAGACAUCUUGUUUCCACUUUUCCACUACCUGUGUCCACUGUCUUCACAAAAAAAUCUGAAAUGUCAGGAGGAAAUUUGAUGUCGCUAAGAUACAAUUGUUUGGUUAAACAAAGAAAUGUGAUGCAUCAGAGACAUGUGAAACCAUUGAGAUUAGUUAUUUCAUAAUAAUACAUAUAUGUGCUGUCAGAAAUACAAUGCAUGUAGCUAUUACUGGUCAUACAGUAUGACUGGUGUUAUCUGUCAAAUCUUUCAUUUAUGCCAAGCAUGUAUGUCCAUAUUUAGUUGAAGAUUUAGGCAGUGAGAUCUAUUUUUAAGGUUACAAUGUAAAAUUUAGGGUGGGGGAUGUUUAUUUUUUAAAUUAAAAAAAUGGUCAUCAAAAUAUA